AAAUGGGUGAAAUAGAGCUAGAUUUUGAGAUGGAUGAUUUGGAAAACAAUAUUAUGGAAGAAGACGAAACGAUAAUAAAAUUAAAAAAAGAAUUAUGGAACAUGCAAGAAUGUCGUCGAAAGGAAAGUAUUGAACAAGAAAAGUCCUUGGUGACGUUGAAAAAAGAGAUUGACUUACUGAAAGAGGGGCGUGACAAGGAAAUUGCAGAUCAUGCCGACGCUUUGCGUCAAAUGAAAAAAGAAAUGCGAAGUUUAAAAGAAGAGAAAAGAAGGGAACGUAAGUGUCAUUAUACGUUUCUAUUAGAUAAAAUGAAAACACAUGACUAUAAACUCAUGUGUGUACAUCAUUGAUCAUUUUUAUUACCUAAGAAUGACCUAAAAUUUCAGUGUUUUAAUGACAACAUCGUAGACUGUUGCGAAAUCUUUUAACGUCAUCAUUCAAACUUUCUUAAAAACGUUCUAUCAACAAGCAUAAAUUUCAUGGUGAAAAAGGACAACUUAAAUCAGCACAUUUCAUGACUUUACAGUGCAGAUAUUAUAUUAUGUCGAGCAAUUUAAUUUUUAAUUUUAAUUACUUUCACAACUUACCUAAAGAGAUCAAUCAUAAUUACAAAUUUCAAUUGUUACUUAAAUAGUAAGUAGUAAGUAACAUAAAAUUGAGGACACCGUUAGCACUUGCACGUAAAAUCUUUGAUUAUUAGAAGUUUAAUUUUUUUCAGAAAAGGAAAAAGAGAACGACGAGCUUCGUGCUCGCUACAAAGAAUAUAGGGAUGAGAACCCUGGUCCAAAAUCUGAAAGAUCGUUUCAGUUUUGGAAACAUAAUGGGUAUAAAGACAGUGAAAAAUUCAAAAGGAGCUGGAAGAAACAACUAAAUAAAAAAACUACCACCAGCAUUACAACUAAUGAUAAACAAACACAGUUCCCCGAAACACAAGAGCGAAGUCGACCCUGCACUGUUGUGUCUAAUUGCCAUGACGGAACUAUCACUUUUCAUUUUGGAAAAUGAAUCUUUUGUCAUGGUGAUGAGAUCGACAGUGCUUUAUAAUUAAACAUGUUUUCAAACAAAAAUAAAAUUCUGCGGAGUAAAAACAAUUCUGAACAGACUUCGUUUUUGUGUUUCCUAACAAAUCCAUUUGAAUUUACACAAGUCGUAUUAAUUUAUAGAUAGAUAACAUGGAUGCAUUCAAAAAACAGUUUGUUCAAACAUUUUAAGGCAAAUACAAAUUAGUUGACGGAUUAGUACAUAGUAAUGACUAUUUGAGCGUUUUUGAAUGCCCCCUAUUGUGUCACGUUGACACUACAAAGUAGCUGUUGAGAAGUUUUCAUAACAUAUUAUUUACGGAACAAUUCUCUUAAUUGAAGUUUCUGUUGCGAUUCCAGAUGGCUUAUAUUAAAUUACCCAUUUUCAACUUCAUUUCAUUCUUAUUUUAUUGUCACAUUCUUUUACUCACUAAGUGAUAAAACCUUAUUAGUAUGUAAUGGUUUAUUACAUUCCACCGUUUACAUUAUUGUGUUCGAAUCUUUCAGAUAACUCCUAUUUCUUAUCGUUAAUAAAAGUGCGAGGAUAAGUUAAAGAGUUUAUGUUGUACAAUAAAUUAAACAGGUAGUUUAAUAUAGCACACCAGAUUUAUUUGUCUUUCUUUCUGACUACACCUUCGAAAACACAAUUGUCCAUUACAGUAGGUGAUUAUUUCCUUUUCCACACUUCUCCAUACCACUGUUUUCUUAUGUUGUCUAACACAUGCUCUUCUUUCUUUUUUAGGUGAAGCGCAAAGUCCCAUGGCUUGCCUUCCCGUGGCGCGCUUUGUUAAGUAGAUUAUCUCUUGUUUAAGGGAUAAUCCACGAACUAAAAGUCAGGGCAAUAAAAACAUUCCAAAAUUCGUUUUUACCUUAUGCAUCGCGGAUUACGGACAUUCAAUCAACUUACACAUACCAAAUGUAAGAUUUUUUUUAUUACGUAUAUUGUUUUAGCUGUUUUUCGUCAAUAAUAGAAUUAAUUGUCAGUGUAAUUCAUAACAGACUUUCUUGACGUGGUAUUAUGUAUAUUUGUUAGUCGUUGAAAUGGUUCUAAUCAACAAUAUUUUCCAUUGUUCCUUUGAUUAAAGUGGAUUUCUCCACGUUCUCCAUGUUCUAUGUUUUUA